AUGCCUGUACGACCUGUAUCUGCUGGAAAGAAAGGUGGAAAGAAAAGUAGUUCACCAACAGGUAAAAAAGGCAAGAAAAAAUCUAAAAGUGGUUUAAAUGAUCCACAUCAAGAAGAAAUCGAAGGAUUAAUACGCGAACGAGAAGAAAUUCGUUCGAAAUUAAACCUUAUUUGUUCAAGAAUAAUGGAAAAUAUUAAUAUGGAUGAUUAUCAAAUUGAAAUUGAUUUAACAAAACAACAACCAUCCGAUAUAUCUGUUGAUCAUUUAUUAUCUAUGAUUGAUGAAAUAUGUUACUAUCGUAUUGCUUUUUUAAAUCUUUUUCAAGAAGCUGAUGAUAAUGAAAAAAUUCCUGUACAAAAAAAAAUAACUCAAUUAUCUAUUGACGAACCUGAUAUGUUUCGUAAACGUCUUACACCAGAUCAACGUUUAACAUUUGUUACACGUGAACGUGAUGUAUGGAAAGAAAAUGCUCAAUUAUUACAAAUAAUGUAUGCUACAAUAGUUGAUCAAAUUGAAAUGAACAUAUUUAAGAAACCAAAUGAUAAAACUGAAGAUAUUCUUCAACAUCAUCGAUUAAAUUUAGAAGAUGUUUGUCUCAUAUUUUCUUCACCUCGUGUACGAUCGAUUAAUGAUGCUCAAAAAUUACGUGCGAAAAAAACACUUGAUGAUGUACUCAGUGGUUUACGUGAUCAACAUGCUUUUUUUGAUCUUGAUCAACCACAAAAACAACAAGAAAUUAUUGAUAAUACACAUAUAUUAUCAAAUGAUGAAAUACCAUCAAAAUCUUAUUCAUUAAAUCGAGAUAGUACAAAUGAACGUCGUAGUCAUCAAACAUCAUCAGCAAAACGAAAUGUUUCAUUUGCUGAUGAAGUUAAUGUAUUUAAUGAUGAUGAUGAAACAUAUAUUAAUCAAACAAGAAUAUUACCAUCAACAAUAAUAUCAAAUGAACAAAAUAUUGAAGACAAUCUUUCUCCAUCAGCAUUUAUGAAUGCUUCAUCUUUCAUUAUACCAAGUCAAUAUUCAAUAGAAGAAAAAUAUAUUGAUAGUGAUUAUUAUUCAAUAUCAUCAUCAUCAUCUUUUCCACCUCAACAAUAUGAUAUUCCAUCACAAAUAAAAUAUAAUUUACCAUCAAAAUAUCGUCUUCCAUUAGCUAGUGAAGUAUUAGUAAAUAAAAUGGAUUCUAAUUUACGUAUGUUAAUUAUAAAAGAACUUAGUAAAAGUGGUCAUAAUGAAAGACCACUUUCAAGAAUGAGUUCAGCUUAUGGUAGUAAUAGUAGUGAUUCAAGUUCUCGUCAACAAUUUCGACGACAAUCAACAAGUAGUUCAUCAAAUGGAUCAGCAGAAUGGGUAGAAUUAGCACGACUUAUUGGAAUUGAUGAAUCUGAAAUUGAUCAUUGGUUAUCACAAAAUCUUCAAUAUCCAGCAGGACGAGUUAUUUCUGCCUGGUGUAAUUAUGCUUCACCUCAACCAACUGUUGCUGAACUUCAUUCUCUAGUUUCAUCAAAAGAACUAAAUCGACCCGAUCUUGCUCGUUAUAUUGAAACAAUGUAUAUUAUUGAAUAA